GCCGACCUGGAGUCAAGAUGCAUCAUUCCACCACCAGUACUUGAAGAAGCAACAUGAAACUGAUAAUCCUAGCAGCCUUAGUAAGCGCGUGCGCCGCGGCCGUCUUGCCCGGCUACGUCGCACCUGUGGUACCACCCCAAUACGCUAGGACCUAUUACCCGGAGCGAGCUCGUGCUGCCUUGGAAAGGAAUGCUGCCGUCUUGAGAUCAGUGUCUGAUCAGAACGAACUGGGAUACCACUGGGCUUAUGACACUGAAAAUGGCAUCCAGGCUGAAGAAACCGGCCGAGAAGCCAACGGGAUCCAAGCAGCUGGUGGCUACUCGUACACGGGGGACGAUGGCCAGGUCUACAGCGUGAGGUACACCGCGGACGUCAACGGCUUCCAGGCCCAGGGUGCCCAUCUACCCACCCCACCUCCCAUCCCUGAAGCCAUCGCUAAGGCUCUCGCGGAAAACGCCAGAGAUGAAGCUGCUGGGAUCUUUGAUGAUGGUAGUUACCGCGACGGUAAAUACGACUCAGGAGUAUUCGCCGCCCGGCAGUACACUACCCCUCGGCAUAUAGAUAUAAUUUAUUUUCAGAUAUCAUCAUUCGCCGCCAUCAUAGCUGCUGCGUCAGCGGGUCAAAUAUUCAGCCAACCACAAGCCGAACACUACGCCCAAGCAGCAGAUGCCUACCAAUCAAAUGCCGAGCUGGAAGUGCCAAGCGCCUUCGAUGGCCAAUCGCAAGGGUACUCAGGCCAUGAAGGUGGUGGUUUAGCCUAUCAGGGCAGACAAUCCAAGGAUGCGUAUGCGCAGAUCUUGGCAUACCAUUCUGAAAAUGAUGGACACAACUACCAAUAUGCUUAUGAGACUGAAAAUGGAAUCAAAGCCCAAGAAGUUGGCACUGUCAACAAGGGCACGCAAGCAGAAGGUGGAUACUCCUACACGGGUGACGAUGGCCACGUCUACACAGUGAACUACAUCGCUGACGAGCACGGCUUCAGGGCAUCAGGAGCGCAUCUUCCCACACCUCCCCCCAUCCCUGAAGCCAUCCUGAAGGCAUUGGAGCAAAAUGCUAGGGAUGAGGCUGCAGGAAUCCUUGAUGAUGGUUCCUAUCACGACCAACACCAACAGGGUCAGAACUACCAGCUCAAUGGUUAUCAACAAGAAGCCUACCAUGCCGCACCUGCUCAAGCUGUGUCAAGUGAGGCGGGUUACCAUCACUAA